CCGGAAAGAAAGAAAACAAAUGUGGAAUAAUCCGCGUGCACGCUGACGAACAUUUGGUCUCGUGCAGGAAUAUUUAAAAUAUUUUUAUUUUUAAUUUUUCUGGAUUUGGUCCCGCUGCUGCUGCUUCCUGCCGGGGACUUCACGGAGGGAAAAGCACGCGCACACGCACACAUGGAGUUCAAUCCUCGUGCCGCACGGCGCGUGCGUGCGUGCACAUGAACGUGCGUGCGUGUCCAGGUGUAUGUUUCCUGCUCGCAGCGUUUAUUUAUCGCUGUUGUUCUUAAAUUUGCUGUUUCGCCAACGGAGUUUGGCUCCGCUCCGGACACCUUGUUUUUGACCUGUAGGUGUGCGUGCUCAGCAUGUCGCAGCGUGGCUCUCACACCAGGCUCCAUUCAUAAAAUGCUUUAUUUUCAUUUAUGUUGGAGUUUGUUUGUUGUUUUUGGAGGAAAUCUAGAACAACAGUGUGUGCGUGUAAUGGGAGUGUGCGCGUGCACGCCCCGUCCUGCACACGCACGCGGCUAAUCAGUGAAGAUGGAUUUAUUUACUUGAGCACAGAUUGUUUUGGAUUCCACGUAUUUUUAUCGGAUGGCUAUCAAAUCAAAAACAUUAAAACUGAAACAUUAAAACUGUGGAAGAAGAGCAAAAAGACAUGGCGGGCUGAGUGGCGACGACGAGGCAGACGGUCCCAUCUGAGGCACGAACCAGAGGCAGCAUGGUGGAUGCCAGCGCCUCUUACAGGAUGAACCCACUCGUUGCCCCCAACAUCGACCGCAACACUCUGGUGGGAGAAAACUACUGCCCCCACGGAGGAAUCCUCUACCCCGGCCUCCACCCUCUCUCUGCUGAAAAGCCGCAGGAGUCUGGCGCUUCCCUCCCCCUCGGCUACGAUCUUCUGUACAAACCAGGUUUGUUGGAUGGGCAGAAAUCUGCAAAUGGAUACGUUGGACUGUAUAAGAUCCCACCACCAGGGGCGCAGAAAUCCCUGCUUGUUCCUGCUACAGGGGGAGAAGGCCAUGGGUUGGACCGCCGGGUUCAAGCCAAUGACAAGCAGUCGGAGCUCGGCUUGAAUAGUGCCUGGAGACUGCCCUGGAUGAGCCCUUACACUGCUGAUGCAACCAUGUACCCCUUCCUGGACAUGGCGUACAAGGCCUCCUUCCUCACGCAGCCAUCGCCCUUCCUCCACCAGCAGCUGGCGUAUCAAUCAUUGUGUGCCGCGGGAACAGGAAGCAGCGCAGAGGACAGACUUUUCUACCUGCCUCAUUAUGGCCAGAGCCAUAUCUCCUCCCCACUGGGCUCUCUAAUCAGGAUCCCGACAACACCUCCAGCUCCUGCUGUCCUUUCACCCCUGCCCCACUUCCAGGACAAAGACUUACAGGGUCCUCAUCAGGAAAACUCUGCCUUUAGUCCACAGAUCCACCAGGAGCCUCAAGCUGUUCAUCAUACUGAGCAACAACAUGGCGCAAAGUCCAGUCAAACCAUGUCCACCAAGAACAUUAUCAGCAGCAGUAGUGGAGGUAGUUCCUCUAGCACUGCUGACUUAGAGUCAGCCCCAGUUCCCCAUCCUCCAUGCUCAGUUCCCCUUAACAACACCACCCCAGACCUCCAGAAGUCUCUUUACAGAAACACCUCCUCAGCCUCACUGCCCACGUCUCGUCCCUUUUACUUGGGCAGCCUGAGCUCCGAGCAGCGCUCUCCAAUGCACUCAGGAAGCAAAACCAAAGAUGGCAGCUCCAACCGCUCCAGUGCAGAGAAGAGUAUAUCACCUGCAAAGACAUUACUGGACAGACCUGUACCUCAGAAUCCUGCUAAAAACCCCGGGGAGAAACCUUUGGAUCUGUCUGCCAAAGAGUUGGAAGAAUUCUCAAAUAAAUUCUCGUCAAAAUUAGAGGCUCUGGCCAAGUUGGGAUAUUUACCACCAUCUCAUUACGGGCUGCUGACCAGUCGGGAGCAGAACCUUAAGAAGGGUCAACCCCCAACUGUUGGCAAGACUGCAGAUCAUCCUGAAAUGAUUAGCACUGCACCCUCCCCUUGGGUUGUUCCUUCCCCAGCCGCCAGCUCUACGCACCGCAGCAGAAGCUGCCAAAUUAUUAAAAACAAGAGUGUGGACAAUACUUCUCAAAACUCACCUGGCUCAACGACAGUUGAAGUAACCAGUAUUCCCAACCCUGCCUCGGGGGGAAGAUCAUCAUCUCCUUCCCCAAAGUCUAAAGUUGAAAGGUCACGCGUCACCCCGACUGAUUUGGAAAAUCCAAACAGUAAAGGAAACAAGAGCAUACCUCCUGCUAAACCAGAGGCUCAAGAGAGCCAACUUCAUCCACAGCAGCAAACCCGUAUGGGAAACUCCUCUAGUAAAAUCUAUGGCGACUCCUACCUCCCUCCUGGUUUAGGUUACACUAACCGCUACAUCCCGUACUCGGUUGCUGAGAAUAUGUCUUUGCAACGCAUGAACAUACCAGGCAAAGGGGCUGUCUAUACUCACCCUGCCUUGCUUGGCAACAGCAGCUUUUACCCGCCUCGCAUGGCACCAAAACUUACAUAUGGAGUACCUCCAAACCAGGGUGACUUCAUGACAUACCAGAAUACCCGGGGGAUGGCCCCUCCACUCGUCUCCUCCCACCCAGGUUUUGGCCAACAGGAUAAAACCUGGAGUGCAGAACCAUGCAGAAACCAGGAGAGGCUGGACGCUGAAAGCUCCCAGAAGAGGGACAACAAGACUCCUGCAAGAGAUGAAGUAGUUUGUAUUGACCUGGUGCGAUAUGAGGCAGAUGAUGAAUUGUCCACCAACAGGCACAGAGAAGAUUCCUCCAAGAAUGGCAGUAGUGGCUGUAACUACAUCCAAGAUCCUCCAAAAGUCGUUCCUCACAGCCAGGCUGCCGAGCCGAGCCAAGGCUUACUGCCCAAAACUUCCCAACCACAAACUCUUCAUCAAAACUCUUCCUCUCCUGGUGAAGAGAUCCCAGAGGAGUUCCCAGAAACGGAGGAGCCACUUAGUCCCUUUCCAGACAUCCCAGAGGAGCAGACGAUGCGCUGCGCCCGAACUUCUCCGCAGCAAUUUUCUAGAAAGUCUAAAUCUGGAAGUGGUGCUGAGGAUUGUAUUGUCCCAAGUAAUGUUAAUGAAGCUAAGUCCUUAUCCAAUAAAAAUGUCAUCCCUGAGCCAAGCCCUUCCAGAAGCAGUGACGCGUUGGAUCCUUUCAGCAAAGAAAAUGGUUUUAGUGACAGCAACAUCCUGGCAGCAGUCACAAUCCUGAAGAGUCCGGUUAAUGGUGGCACUUCAGACGGCACAGUUUGCAGCAGUAAAGAACCAGUAUGUAGAGAUAUCAGUCCGCAGCUCCCAGCAUGCAGGAGUUUUAAUCCCCGGGUUAUGACCCCCAGUGCCCCACUGGGUGUUAACAUUAGCCCAAGUAGUCCCACAUCCAACAGUGGAGACAGUCCAAACUUUGUCAACAGGAACUUUGUGGGUCCAUGUUGCAGAAAUCUGGCUCUGAGGGCUCCAAUUUAUGAACCCAGACUUUUCAGCGGCCCAACUCGUGCAAAUCGCGACCCUGUGAAUCCAAACUGCAGGAGCGUUAAUCCCAGAUUUACAAACUGUGAAAACCGCGAUGCUGUGCGCCCAGUUUGUGGAAACGGCAACCACAAGGCUCCUGCAUGCAGAGAGGAUUGUUUCAGCGUCACUAAAGACCAGCCAUUUGGAAAUAACCAGACUUGUAGGGUCCCCAGAUUUGGAAACGAUUUUCCUCAAGGCCCAACUUGUCCGCACCUUUCACCUGGAGAGCCGAGCAAUGGAGGCUUUCACUUGCCUGCAGCUUUGACUCCAGAAGACAUGAAAUAUGAUGAGAGGAUAGCGAUGGGAGAUGAGAAGGACGACACUCAGGACGACACGGAUCCCCUGGCAGACGAGGACGACAGCCGGGGCCGGCGCUCCGGCCUCACCAAACGCCUUGAAAACUCAUCCGGCUUUGUGGGCGACCGGUUCAAAUGUGAGACAACGGAGCUUUACGCCGACUCCAGAAAGCUGAGCAGAGAGCAGAAAGCGCUCCAGCGAGCCAUGCUGCGCUUCUCCGAGCUCGAGCUGAAGGAGCAAGAGGGAGGAGAAGAAGAAGAGGACAUGGUGGGGGAGACGGAGGGGGGAGACGGAGGGAGAGAAGAAGAAGAGGAGAAGAAGAGAGAGGGAGCAGGAGGAACCCCCUCUGUAGCCGACGCACCGAGAGGUUUCCCUCCAUCCUGCCCUCACAGCUGCUUCCCCGUCCUCCGAGAGACGGAUGGCGCCUCAGAGGAAGAGAAGAAGAAGAACAAAGAAGAAGAAGGAGGUCUGCAGGAGGAGAAGAAGAAAGAGGAGAGGAGUUUUAUCUCACAACCACAAAGGUUUCUGUCCACAGUCAGAGGCGUGUUCCUGGGACAAGUGUCCACGCCGCCACUCGCAGGUUCCUGUCCCAGCAUGCCGAUAAACCGGAGACGCAUCUUCAACCUGGAGCCGUUUCACCAGAGCAGCAUCAGCAGCGGCCGACUGAAGAGAGGGGGGGAGGACAGGGCAGGGGAGAGGGGGGGAAACCCCAACAAGAAAACCAAGUUCUUUGACGACUCCACCCUGGAGGACGUGAAGAAGUUGAAAGUUUGCAUUGAGCUCAACGGCCUCCGGCUCAACAAGCCCCGCCUCCCCGGGGAGCUCAGCCAAUGGGUGGACGGGAAGUUCAGAGUGGACGCUCCAGCCGUCAGGGCGAGGUCGGAGGUCAACGGAGGCUGGCGUGACCCGACGUUUGUGAGGAGAGAUGACCCAAGAGUUUACCACGUGGCUACGCCCUCCCCCCCCCGGCAGCCUUCCCCCCCAUCCUUCGCCUCCCUCGCCUCCCCCCGCCUGCAGGACAAGCAUCAGAAGCUGAGGGAGAGCCAUAGGGUCUCCAGUCUGCUCCCUCCCUCCCCCUCACCCGAAGACCCCAACAAGCCGCAGGGGAAGCGUCCCUGCAAGACGAAGCACACGGGAGGGGAGGCGGCGAGGGCGGGAGACAGGGCAGGAAGUGGCGACGAGGCUUGUGGAGAGGCGUCCCCGUCCGACCCGGCUCCCUCUGCCCAGCACACGCACGUUGCCCGGCCCCCCCCCCCUGAAGUCCGCCGGCUCAUCGUGAAUAAAAACGCCGGAGAGACGCUGCUGCAGCGCGCCGCACGUCUGGGAUACGAGGAAGUGGUGCUGUACUGUCUGGAGCGGCGGAUCUGCGACGUCAACCACCGAGACAACGCCGGCUACUGCGCCCUACACGAGGCCUGCGCCCGCGGCUGGCCAGGCAUCGUGCGCCACCUGGUGGAGCACGGAGCCGACGUCAACUGCAGCGCCCAGGAUGGAACCAGGCCGCUGCAUGAUGCCGUGGAGAAUGACCACGUGGAGGUGGUGCGCUUCCUGCUGGCGUGCGGCGCAGACCCCACCCUCACCCUGUACUCUGGACGAGGACCAAUCAGCAUGACCCACAGCGCUGCCAUGGAAACCUUCCUGGAGG